GUAAAAGAUGUCAAUGUCCAUACAAAAAUUUGAAAGCACAAAUGGCCGUUUGAAUCCCAAUUCCCCAGAAAUUUUAAAAGUAUCCCAAGUUUAAAUUCCUAAAACACAACAAACAAUCAAACAGACAAACUUCCCAUUUUCAUUUGUUUUAAAUUAUUAAAUUAAAUUUACACAAUACUAGAGAGAGACAGUUAGAGAGAGAAAUGACUGGGCUUGUAAUGGUUACUAAAGGCGGAGGAUGCGGCGGAGGAGGAGGUGCAGCUACAAAAACCCCAACACCAUCUUCUUCGGAUGAACAAAACCAGCUAUCAUUAGUUGCAUUAAUUUUAGCUGCUCUUAGGAAAUCUAUGGUUUCUUGCCGUGUUGAUUCAAGGGAACAAGUUAUUUCUACUAUGGAUAUUGGUUGCCCUACUAAUGUUCAGCAUGUUACUCAUGUUACUUUUGAUCCUUUUCAUGGAUUUCUUGGUCUUCCCCUUGAAUUCCAAGUUGAAAUCCCUCGCAAAGUUCCUAGUGCCAGUGUUAGCGUGUUUGGUGUUUCAGCAGAAUCAAUGCAAUGUUCUUAUGAUUCCAAAGGAAAUAGUGUUCCCAUUAUCCUUCUGCUAAUGCAAGAGAGGCUGUACUCUCAAGGUGGUCUUAAGGCAGAAGGAAUAUUUCGCAUAAACCCUGAAAACGGUCAAGAACAAGAAGUUAGAGACCAGCUUAAUAGGGGGAUUGUGCCAGACGACAUAGAUGUGCACUGUUUAGCCGGCUUAAUCAAGACCUGGUUUCGGGAACUCCCUUCUGGAGUGCUUGAUGGCCUUUCGCCAGAGCAAGUUCUUCAAUGCAACACGGAAGAAGACUACAUUCUUCUUGUGAAGCAGCUUAAACCAAUGGAAGCUGCACUUCUUAAUUGGGCAAUUGAUCUUAUGACCGAUGUAGUAGAGGAUGAGGAACUCAACAAGAUGAAUGCAAGAAAUAUUGCUAUGGUUUUCGCCCCAAACAUGACUCAGAUGUCUGAUCCAUUGACAGCGCUAAUGCAUGCUGUUCAAGUUAUGAACUUACUCAAAACCCUAAUAACAAAAACUCUAAGGGAACGUGAAGAGUCCGUCACUGAUGAUAACUAUUCACCUAUGUCAUCCCGCUCUUCAGGCCAAGAGAGUGAGGAGGAAUACGACAGCCAACGUGAAAUCGAUACUAACUAUGAAUCAAGAGGGGCUGGUUCUGAUUGUGACGAGUCAGCUGAUUAUUGUCACAAUAGAGAGUAUGAACAUGAAGAAGAAUUUCCUUGCUUAAGUGAAAUAGAGGAAUGUUUCUUGCAGCAUUUGAAUCAGAGCAAGGGAAUCGGUAACCAGAAGGAUGAGACCAACAUAUUGAUUGCUGACAGUAAAAGAUGGAGUUAUAGAUCAAGUGAGCACGGAAAAUUCUUCGACACCAAAAGCUUAUCCGAAAGGUACGACAAAGUAAAAGAUAUAGAAAUGGAUCAAUUGGUGGAGACUUCAACUUCAUUGCCAUUGUUUAUGAUCAGUUGACAUGAGGGAGCCUCGAUUUUCUCAAAGUACCAACAUUCUGUUAUCUCAAUGCCAUUAAAUGACGCCCAUUAAGACGGGUUUUAUAGGAUCGUAUGUUUACAACCUUAAACCUUGUUAGUGAUAACAAAGAGGUCAGGUCAAAGAGGUUGUUCCAGAAUGACAUGAAUAUGUGUUGUUGUAUGUGGAUUGUUGUGUUUGUAAAUUAGUUAGAGCAUUAGGGAUUAAGAAGUCAAGACUCAAUACUCCUUAUAGUCAAGGUGAAAGUCAGUUUGCUACACUGACCUUUUCUAGUCUAGCUGAAAAAGAAGACUUUGUAGGAUUUGGAGUAUUUGAACUUGAAAGUUCAAGUCUCAUAAAAGUUUAUGCAUUUUCCCAUGAAAAUUUGUGUAUUUGUAAGAAUUUAAUGUUGAAAUUGGAGUAUUUCAAAACAUGUAGUUAGUUGAUCUA